AUGAAGCUUACGACUGACUCUGACUCGCCAGUGCGACGAGAAUCGACCAAUUUGCGUGAAUUGCAGCGUUGCAGGCCGGCCGUGUUCCUUUACGAGCAGUGUGCCGUCGGUGCCGUCAGUGCCGUCGAGAACAGCAUCAGAAACAGCAACCUCGUCACGUCGUCCGUCUCCUCUUCCGCCGACAGCAACGGCAGCAGAGUCUACGCCACCGUCAGGUCCCUUUGA